AUGUCACUCCAUAUGGUCACAUGACCAGACUCGAGUCACGUGAUCGCAGCUCCAUGCUCGCCAUUUUGAGCACAGUGAAGCAGUUUUACAGCACAGGAAUAAAAGCUACGAAUUACAAGCACCGAGGCCAAAGAUCAGAUACAACUGCCGCAUGAGAAUGGAGGACAGCAGUGGUGUAGCUGUUCUUGUGCCUCAGUCCAGAGCCCAGCAGGAUGCCGUCUUCAUUCCUGAUCUUUGUGAUGGAAAAGAUCAGCAACGGCAGCAACAAAAGCAAGCCGCUGACUCUCUUAUUCAGGUCAUUGAGAAGCUCAGCAAGAUUGUGGAGAAGCGGCCCCGGCAGUGUCCGGUUUCCGGGAAAAAGAGACCCUCAAUGGCCUGUGCUUCUGUAGCCGUUCCAGACAACAGAGACAGCUUGAGUGGGGCCACACCUUGUAAGAGAACCCGAGAGAUGAUGGAGGACCACCCGGGAUCCACCGGCACACCUGGGCAGGAGUUUGAACCGGAUCCUUCCGGUCUAGGCACUCGGACUGUUACUUAUUACCAGUGCAGUAUGUGCCGAUUUAUCUCGCCCACAUUGGAGUUGUUAAAAGAGCAUUUGCUUCACCACGAUGAGCAGCACACUGACUUCAUUCUCAUGUGUUCAGAGUGCCAGUUUACUUCUAACCACCAGGAGGAGCUAGUGGCACAUGUGAGACUUCACCUGGAGGAGGGGGGCCAUGCGAGGAACAUCACAGAAGAGCGAGGGACAAUGUCAGUGAGGAACGUUCAGCAAGGAAUGACAGUUUUGAAAGCUGAAUCAGAGGGUACAUCCACACCGAAGAAGUGGUACAGCUUUGAGCAGGGUAGGUACCGUUGUCUCAUCUGCAACUACGAAUGCAGACAGCAACGCAAUCUGAAGACCCACGCAUGGAGACACGCUGGCCUCGUAGACUGUUCCUAUCCUAUAUUUGAAGAUGAAGCGGAGUGUCCCGAAACUCUGACAGUACAAACCCAAUGCUCCAGUUCACCUUUAUUUCAAACAGGAAAGGAAGACACCAUUGUAGUCCUUGCAGCUGUAGAAAAUAAAACUCAGACGCUGCAUGGCUCAUCCAGUCUCCAGCUAGAGCUGUGUGCUUCACCAGAAGUGAAGUGCCACGGAGAGACCGUAGCUGCGAAAACAAUUGAACCCAGGGUACCUGUCAUUAACCAUAUUAAAGACACUGAGGAGCCCUUAGUGGAGGAGCAGGUGACCCCAGAGGCGCAAAUGGAACUGGAGUUGGAGACGGAGAGUCAACAAGGAAGCUCUGACAGCCUUCUGUCCUCUGCCCAAAAGAUUAUCAGCUGCAGCAGUAACAGUGCAGGCCACGUCAACGUCAUUGUUGAACGUCUUCCCUGUGCCGAAGAACCGGUGUCGAGCAAGUCUCUGCUCCUCAGUCCAGAGGUAGGAGGAGACAAGACUCUUCUUGCAUCCGAUGAGCCGGAGAUGGAGAGCCAUCACCACCCUAUAUAUUUCAAACAAGAGGAGCAGGUUGCAAACGGAUGGAGUGGAGAUGAUCCACAACAGGACAAGGAGACGGUGUCAUCAGGGUCUACCUCAGAUGAAAGUGUGCCACCAGUUCGCAGAAGAACUUAUUCGGAGUCUCUACGGCUGCAUUCUUUGGCAGCCGAGGUGCUAGUGGCCAUGCCCAUGAGGGCACCUGAGCUUAGCAGAACAAAUGUGAAGAGUAUGCAUGGCAUAAAUGCGCAAAGCCCCGACACAGGCCAGAGAAUAAUAGAGAUUGCUAACCCUAAGACGUCCUCUGGAGAGCUCACCGGUGCGAUUGGAGAAGCAGCUGCUCUUCUUAACCACGGCCUACAGGGUACUAAAGGUCCGAAAGAUGUGCUGGUGGAGGGCCCAUCCAAAGCUGGCAUCAGUAUGUCUCUUUUGACCGUCAUCGAGCGACUGCAGGAGCGGUCAGAUCAGAAUACGUCUGACGAGGAUAUUCUGAAAGAGCUGCAAGACAAUGCCCAAAGCCAACACGGUGGUGGAGACUCUGCAGGUGUUGCUGGACCUGGGGAUGUUACCUCUACUGAGGGUCUUGUGGAGUAUAUUGCCGGGAGCGAGAGGCCCUACCGCUGUCGCUUAUGCCGUUACAGCAGUGGGAACAAGGGCUACAUUAAGCAGCACCUCCGUGUGCAUAGACAGAGGCAGCCUUACCAGUGUCCCAUCUGUGAGCACAUCGCCUGUGACAGCAAAGAUUUGGAGCGUCACAUGAUCCACCACUGCAAGAGUCGCAUGUACAGCUGCAAACAGUGCAGCGAGAGUUUCCACUACAAGAGUCAGCUGAGGAACCAUGAGAGAGAUCAGCACGGGAUAGAUGACAUCAGCGCCACGCUGACACACGUCACUGAAAGCACAGCAACUGCAGAAGAAUCAGGAAAGCUUGCAGAUGAAGAUCCAGCCAAUGAACAAAGCAUUUUCAAAUGUGAUGUAUGUGACUACACCAGCUCCACAUAUGUUGGGGUGCGCAACCAUCGGCGAAUCCACAGCUCCGAUAAACCAUACAGGUGCUGCAGCUGUGAUUUUGCCACAACUAAUAUGAACAGCCUGAAGAGUCACAUGAAGAAACACCCACAGGAACACCAAGCCAUGCAGCUACUGGAGCAGUACAGGUGCUCCCUUUGUGGUUACGUGUGUAGUCACCCACCAUCCCUCAAAUCCCACAUGUGGAAACAUGCCGGAGAUCAGAAUUACAACUACGAGCAAGUGAACAAGGCCAUCAAUGAAGCCAUUUCCCAGAGCGGCCGAUCAACUACAAUGUCUCUGAAAUCAACAACUGAGACUGCAGCAGAACGUCCUUAUAUUGUCUUAAGCAGAGACGACAAACAGUCUUUUGAGAUGACCUCUGCUGCAGGGACAUCAGAGGGCAGCCCCAUCAGGUCCUCCCCCAACAGGGCUGUGCCGUGGCGGGGUGGCUCAGGGCAGGCCCGACCAGGUAUGGAAUACUGUGUGCUGCUCUUUUGCUGCUGUAUCUGUGGCUUUGAGUCUACCAGUAAAGAGCAGCUGAUGGAGCACAUGAAGCAGCAUGAGGGAGAUCUGAUCAACAUCAUACUGAGCAAAGAGCAGCAGGAAAAUCAGUCGAAAGAGACGAGCAGCCGCCAGUGACCCACCACACAUACUGGGCUUCUGUUAUACCUGCUUAGACAAGCAGCAUGCACAACUUCACAGUCAAAAUGUCGUCUUUCCUUUUCUUCUUUCUUACUCCCUUUCUUUUCUCUCUUUCCUUCUCGCUGUUCAUUUAUGUUUCUUUUGUUGACCAUGGACAUGUAAUUUUAAAGAGAUUUAGUCAAAAAUGUGUCAUUAAGUGUAAUUGCUAUUUCAGCACAGGAAAGUGUCAUUUUCAUUGUGAAUUAUGCUAAUGGUGUUCAAAGGCAUUUAAUACCUCAUCUGUUAAGAAUAUUUUUUUAACAUAGAGUCCACACAUGAAUCCAAGGCAGCUUCUCUUAUUCACUGUAAUAUUAUUUAUAUCUAUAGUUCUUAUGUGCGUUUACCUUUAAGUUGGCACUUGCCAUCAAGCCGUGUUUGAACAUAGAGAGGCAGAUUUCCUUCGUGCUCUCUAAUGUGUGUCAGUGUUUGCAUUUUGAUAUUUAUCAAACUAAUUUAUUUUUAUAUGCAUGUUCCCUUCCGUUAUGUUAAUACAGAUAAGACAGCUGGUUUUGAAUUAUGGUCUUUUUGGUGCUAUAUGGUGGUCUUUAUUGGGAAAGGAAUCUUAAUACUGUAUAUAAACAGUAGUAUUUUCUCAUUAAAACAUGGGAAUACUGGCCCUUAAAAAA